UAUAUUGCAUAACACCAACAAUCUUUAUACUAGAAAUUAAUACUCCAUAUAUACAUACACAAAGAAAAAUCUAUGGCCAAUCCAAAUUCUGUGCUUCCUUUGUAUGAAAAAAGUUGGUACAAACACAAUUACAAAAGAGUAUUGGAUAGCAAAUUCUAAUCCUUCUUAAAAGUUAAUAGCCAUACAUGGAAAAUUGGCAUAGAAAUUGAGUUUGGCAUUGUGGAGUUACGUUUGAUACUCUCAUACGCCAAACCAAUUUGUAUUCUGCUAAUUCCAAAUAUGUUCAAUCAGUUGUCUGUCAUUAUAUAAUUUGAACUGAUUCUACACGAGUCACAUUCUACAACUUGCGAGUCUUUUAGUAUUUUAAAAUUGUAAUCAAGCAAAUUACCCUCCUUUUCUGCUAUAAAUAUAUUGCUUAAUACCAACCAUCUUUGGACUAGAAAAUCACCCUAUAUACUCAAAGAGGUUCUCUAAUCUAAUCACCUUAGCAAUAAAAAAACUAUGGCCAAUCCAAACUCUGUGCUUCCUUUGUAUGAAAAAAGUUGGUACAAACACAAUUACAAAAGAGUAUUGGAUAGCAUAAUUCUAAUCCUUCUUCUGUUGCUGCUUGGUUACCGUUUUAUAUCUGUCAACCACUAUUCUCUUCCUUGGUUUGUUGCUUUCAUGUGUGAAUCUUGGUUCACCUUAGGUUGGAUAUUCACCAUGUCCACUCAAUGGAGUCCCGCUCUUGUCAAAACCUACCCUCAACGUCUCCUCCAAAGCGUAGAAGAACUUCCAGCGGUGGAUUUAUUUGUGACAACAGCAAACGAUGAGUUAGAACCACCAAUCAUCACAGUAAACACAGUCCUAUCACUAUUAUCACUCGACUAUCCAUCUCACAAACUAUCUUGUUACGUUUCCGACGAUGCAUGUUCUCCUCUAAUCUUCUACGCUCUUCAACAAGCUUUGAAUUUUGCAAAACAUUGGGUCCCUUUUUGCAAAAAAUACAACGUACAAAUUCGAGCUCCAUUUAGAUACUUCGAUGAUGACAACGAGUGCGCCACAAAUAAUGAAGAAUUCCGACAAGAGUGGUUGCAGAUGAAGGACAUGUAUGAAAAUCUUAGCCGUGAGAUAGAUGUGGACCCAAAAUCGAUUCCAAGCUUACUGGAAGGAGAAUUUGCAGUUUUCUCAAAUACAAAUCGGACAAAUCAUCCUGCUAUUAUCAAGGUUAUAUGGGAGAACAAGGAAAUGGUUGAAGAUGGAUUGCCACAUUUGAUCUACUUAUCUAGAGAGAAGAGGCCAGAACAACCACAUCAUUUCAAAGCUGGUGCCAUGAAUGUCUUGACAAGAGUCUCAGGCUUGAUUACCAAUGCACCCUUCAUGUUGAACGUCGAUUGUGACAUGUUUGUAAACAAUCCAAAGAUCGUUCAACAUGCAAUGUGCAUUUUGCUUGAUUCCAAAGGGGAAAAAGAAGUUGCUUUUGUUCAGUGUCCUCAACGGUUCUACGCCACACUCAAAGACGAUCCUUUUGGAAAUCAGUUGACCAUUAUGUAUAAGUAUCUUCUGGGAGCUGGAAUAGCAGGACUCCAAGGACCCUUUUACGGUGGAACAAACUGUUUUCAUAGAAGAAAAAUUAUAUACGGUCUAUCUCCCGAUGAUGUGGAAAAUGGGUCAAACAAAUUAUCAGAGAAGGAGUUAAAACAAAAAUUCGGAACUUCCAAAGAACUUAUGAAAUCAGUUGUUCAUGCUUUAGAAAGGAGGAAUUAUUCAUCUAAGGACAUUAAUGUUAAGAAAGGAGUUGAAGAAGCUAGUCAAGUUGCUUGUAAUGCAUAUGAAUAUGGAACUUCCUGGGGUAAACAGGUUGGUUGGAUGUAUGGAUCACUAGUAGAAGAUGUGUUAACUGGACUGACAAUGCACGAAAAAGGUUGGAGAUCAGAAUUAUGUAAACCAGAUCCAGUUGCUUUUACAGGUUGUGCUCCAAGUGAUAACCCAACAAGUAUGUCACAAUAUAAAAGAUGGGCCACAGGAGUGCUUGAAAUAUUCUUUAGCAAGCAUUGUCCUAUUUUUGGGACUAUUUUUGCUAAACUUUCUUUUAGGGAAUUCUUAGCUUAUAUGUGGAUCAUUAAUUGGGGCUUCAACCCAUUUGCUCAAGUAUGCUACUCUUGUCUCAUUGCUUAUUGCAUCAUUACCAACUCCUAUUUCUUGCCAAAGGAUUGGGGCAUAUAUAUUCCUAUAACAUUAGUUGUGAUUUACAAUGUAUAUUCUCUAUAUGAAUAUUUGGCUUCAAAUAUGUCAACUAGAGCAUGGUGGAACAAUGAAAGAAUGUCAAGAAUAGCACCUAUGAAUGCUGGAUUUUGUGGAUUUAUUACUAUGUUACUUAAAUUAUUGGGAGUAUCCAACACUAUUUUUGACAUAACAAAGAAAGAUCUUCCCCCAUUUAGCGACGAUGAUAUGAAUGCCGGUAGACACACAUUCGAUGAGUCGUUGGUAUUUUUGCCAGGAACUACUAUCUUGUUGUUGCAAUUGACAGCAAUAUUUAUCAAGUUGUUAGGGCUUCAAAAGCAAGGAUUAAAGGGGAAUCAUGAGUGUGGAAUGGUUGAAAUGUUGUCUAGUGUGUAUUUGAUCAUAUGUUUCUGGCCAUUUCUUAGAGGAUUGUUUGAGACAGGCAAAUAUGGGAUUCCUUUGUCUACAAUGUGCAAAGGAGGAACUUUGACAUGUUUGUUUGUAUGUCUAUGUAGAAGGACAAUUUCAGUUUCUGAUUGAUAUAUGUUGUGCAGGAUAUAGAUGACUUCGUCAUAUAUGUCACAAUAUUUGUUUAGACAUUUAUUUACAAAUUGUAGUUUAUUGAAUGCUAGUAAUAAUCAACAA